GUAAGUAGGUAACCUCAAAUCUUACAAGAACGAAGAUUUCCACGAGGUUGCUCUUGCUCACUCUUAACCGGUUUCCUGUAAUGCAUCUGUACGAUUUUCGGUGCCCUCGGUGCUCCCCGUGCUCCCUGUUACUAGCCGUCAGUUGCAGUCAGCUGGGUCCCGUAGUUUCAGUAGCGAUCACUGCGGCAGAACGAAUGUGUGUAUUAAGAUGGCAACAAGAGAUAAACAUUUGUUUCUGACAGGAGCAUCAGGUCUCUUAGGAAGAGCAAUAUAUAAAAAAUUCAUCACCGAAGGUUGGGUAAUUUAUGGUACAGCGUAUACUAGAGUUGCUGAGGGCUUACAUAAGUUGGACUUAACCGAUGAAAAUGAAGUCAAAAAGGCAGUCAUUCAAUUUAAACCAAGUUUUUUAAUCCAUUGUGCUGCCCAACGGUUCCCAGAAAAAGUUGACUUGGACCCUGAAGGUGCUGAAAAUAUCAAUAUUAAUGCUUCAAGAUACCUUGCACAAGUUGUUGAUUGUAUUCAAGUGCCAAUGCUAUACAUCAGCACGGAUUAUGUGUUUGAUGGCAAGUCCCCACCAUAUGCUGUGGAUGCAGUGCCAAAUCCUCUCAACCUGUAUGGGAAAACCAAGUUGAAUGGGGAAGAGGUUACACUCGCAUUUGGCAAAGGCAAUAUUGUGCUUCGUGUGCCAGUCCUGUAUGGUCCAGUUGAAUAUGUGGCUGAAAGUGCAGUAACUGUUCUCCUAAACAGCCUCCUCCAGACAGACAAACCGUGCAAGAUUUCAAACUAUGAACUCCGCCGCCCUUCGCAUGUUGAUGAUAUUGCUGAUAUAUGUUUGCAAAUGGCAAUGAAGAGACUUGAGGAUGAAAAUAUAUGUGGCAUUUUCCACUGGUGUGGCAAAGAGGUGUUCACGAAGUACGGCAUGCUGGUGCAGAUUGCGAGAGUAUUCCAUCUGCCAUAUUCUCAUGUGACUCCAGACUCCAACCUUCCCAGUGCUACCACACCCACACCUCGCCCCUAUGACACAACUCUAGAUACCUCACGACUUGAGCAACUGGGCAUUGGAUAUCACACACCAUUUAAUGUUGGAAUUAAGUCUGCACUACAGUCAUGGAUCAGGUAAUGUAACAAGGAGAAAAUAAAAAAUUUAGAUGAUUGUGUUAUACAAGUUCCAUGUUUAUUUUUGGUAUUGUAUGAAGUAGAAAUAAAAGAACUGUCAAUUGUGUACUGAAA